AUGUUGUGGUCGCAUCUCAAGCCUGCCCUACUCAUUCUCAUGUCGCGUUGGCCGGUCCAGACGAGGAAUUACCUUUCAACGCAUCUGCCGUACGCAAUCGCCGUCGGAAGGCACUCGCGUAAUCUUCUUUUUGUUUACUGGGAACGCUAUUGGUCUAUGGAUAUCGAAGAACUGCGAGGCCGCUUGCGCGUGCCGCCUCCACCGCAAGUGAAAAAGGUCAAAAAGUUCCCCGCUUAA